AUGCCCGACAAGGUGUUUGCUGUGAUCUGUACAACGUAUGAGCAUCAGGCGUCGGAAACUCCCUACGGUAAUCACCCCAUUCUUGACAUUGAGCAAUCAGGUACGAAAUAUAGUGUAUUCCAGGUUGUAAAGCAGGUUGCCAGCUCACUGAUAUUCUACAGAAGCUCUCGCUACGCCGAGUUCAUCGCCACCACAGCUACUUACCCAUACCGGAAUGCCGCGCAGGGACGAUUUUGUUACCCAACACAGCCGGAGCACCAUUCGAACUUGUCUAAGUCUCAAAUCUCGAUACACCACAAACCAGAUAGCUGGGACAGUACACUUCGCAGCCCGCCCACUAUGCGCGACCUUCGUCUUAAGGUGCUCCGCGAGAGCGGCAAAACUGUAUCGCGAAAGGCGCGUUCACGACCCGAGUCUACGCAAGGCUCCGCCAGGAACUCUCCCAUCGGCUCUCCGGCAGUCUCGCGCGCAGGGAGCCGAUACGCCUCCGAGGAGGAAAUAUCCGACGACAACGAAUACGACGACAGCUUGACGUGCAGCACACUUUCCAACGGUUCGGAAUUCGUUUCCGACGAGACCCAGGCCUCAACUUGGGAGUCUCUCCUACAGGACCGGAUCGCUGAGCUGCAGGACCGAAAGCGCAGCAACGUCAAGGGCCGCGAGACGACCAUCGCGUCUUACCUUAACCUUAUAAAGCAGCACUAUGCUGGCCGCGAAAUUGGCAGCUCCGCGGCCGACAUUCUCUCGGCCCUUAUGCGGAGCGUUCGAUCCGGCGGCAGCUCGGCGGAGAAGUUGUUGGCAUUGAAGGCGGUCCAAGCGACGCUUCUCACAUGUCCGUCAGAAGCCUUGUUUGAAGAUUUAUAUACCCCCCUACAGACGGCGUGUGAAGAUGAAGAGGAUAGCGACGUCAAGGCUGCCGCCGUACUGGCUAUGGCCAUGGCCGCCCUGUUCGCCGGCGGGUCUGAGGCUGCGGCCGAGGAGUUUCUCGAUUUCCUGAUCAGCAUUGUUGACUCCGACGGCGAAGCGGUCAGCGCAGUAGACAGUGGACCCGUAGUUACGGCAGCUCUGCAAUCGUGGGCAUUUGUUGCGAGUCAGAUGGACGACAUCGCCGCGCAGGUCUAUGAUGCGAUGGAGGCCUUCGUGGAACAGCUCGACAGCACAGACGUCGAAGUCCAAACGAGCGCGGGAUUCAACAUCGCUUUCAUCUUCGAGGCAGCACGCGACGAAGAAGAAGAGACGGGGGAGCCCCUGAGGCUGCAAUACGACCCCAAGAGGUUGGUCAGCCGCAUGGCGCAGAUAUCCAAGCCGGCGGUCAGGCAGAUGUCAAGGAAAGACCGCCGGCAUUUGCGGAAACAUUUUGCAAGCAUCGUCACGUCCUUGGAGCACGGAAAGGGCCCCGGGUACUCGACAUCUGGUCGGCCGGCCUCCAACCCACACACUGGUGGUACGAAGGUCGAGCAUGACCAAGAAAUGAGCGAGUUUGGGUACCGCGAAAAGCUGCGCAUCGGGGACACUGUCGUGGUCGUCGACUCGUGGUCGCUGCUGGCGAGGAUCGAAACGGUCCGCAACGUUCUUGGAGGCGGGUUUUCCGUUCACUUUACCGACAAUCCUACUGUGGCGGACCUUUUGGGCAGUCCUGAAAUGGAGCAGUCGACUUCCAACUCGCAUUCCGGAGAAACAGGAGCACGCAGCAAGAAGAACAGACGAUGA